CAAAGAGAAAGAGCGAUUACCCGAUGUUUCAUGGUGUGCUAUAUUUAGACUUCCUGAAUUGCUUCCCUUUGUCUGACGUCAGAUCAAUAACCAGGUUACCCCCCUUAGAUCUGGUUUUCCUCUCAGCGAGGCGAGAGUAGCGUUCAUGCGUGACCUACCAAGAAGGAAAUAAUUUUUUUUUUAAACGCGAGGUGUGUUACAUUUCUUUGUGGCGUAAGUUGAAGUGCAGUGGUUAGCUCCCCUCCUCUGACGAGUGGAUUGCCUCCCCUCGCGUCACGGGUGAGAUAACUGCCGUGUUAUCGUCUGCUAGACGAACAGUUCACGGAAGUAGGUCACGAUGAAAACAGUCGCGUGUGUCGUGUUUGUUGUCAUCGCGGGGUGUUGUGUGUUGUGUUCAGGACAAUCCAACGUCACGAGCUGCGUGUUCACCCCUGUCAACAAAACGAGAUUUAUCGAGGGAAUUUACGAGUACUUCAACCAAGACAGCGAUACGAGAAUUCUGGAAUAUCACAUUCAGUUUGUCAACAUCUCGGAUAAAAAAUUCGACUUUGACGCUCGAGCAAGUGAGGACGCAUUCCAGCCAUCAAGAUGGUUUCGAACUCAGGGCGAAUCCAGCUCCCAGCUACUACUGGUCAACAAUUACUACUACGGCAUGCUCAAGCCUUUCAUCACACCUGGCAUCGUCAAGGUCACUCUCUCACUCAGGGUCAGUCCACCCACGUGCCUGGACGGGGUCAAGGGUGAACAGAUAGAGGUCAUGAUACGAGACUACCUCCUGUUGGAUUUCAACAUAGACGGGUCUAAGAUGAAACAUCCCUUCAAGUACUCCGAUGACGUGGAGAUCUGUACAGCACACAUCAGCGACAACAACGGCUGGGGGAGAUUACUCUACCGGUGCUGUGGGCUGGACAACUCUAAAGAACUGUACUGUGAUGACGUGUUCGAGGACGAUUGGGUCUGGGCACUGCGAGCCUUCAUCAUCUCAAUCACCUGCAUCUUGUUCCUGUAUUUUCCUAUGUUCAUACCUGAAGGUUACAGGUUCAACAAUUAUGUGUUUUAUCCUAAAGGAGAGCUCAAGUUUCAUUUCAUCCUGACCACCAAUCCUGAAACAUACAGAGACGAGGGCAGGGCCAAGGUCUUGAAGAUGUCCAGCUGGAAGAAGAUGUCCCGCUUGAGCCAUCACGUGGAGGGUCUGGAGCCGGAGAAGCCGUACGUUGCUGACGUCAGGAAGGUGACGUACAAUGUGUGCAUGGACAAGCUGCUGGUGGAGGGGGCGUCCACGACAAACGCCAGGAGGUCCUUCUUCAACGCCUUCGUCAGGUGUAAGAUCCGCCAGAGCGAGGCUCUAGAAGAGUGCUGCGACGCGCCGUUCUGUGGCACCGUCUGGUGCCGACGAUGUCCGGCCUGGAAAGUCUGGCUCCGAGCCACGCGCACCGUCCUGGUCAUGUUCAUCCUGGCGCUCCCCUCCCUCCCCUUCAUGUACGCCAUGACGGCCGAGAACAUGGACUACCAGCAGAUGUCCGAAGCCUUCCAGACCCGGGGUCUGACCCACCUGUUCAACUUCUACCUGGGCAAGACUCUAGGCCGUGUCACGGUGGGCGUGUUGGCGUCCAUGUACAUCCUCCACACCAUCAUAAUCAUCGUCGACGGCGCCACGGAAGAGGCCAUCAGCAAGCUGUACAACGAAGUUCUGGAUGUUUCCAUGAAGAAGAAAACCCUACACGGUCACAUCAAGUGGACUAGAAAAACGAUCCGAAGAUUUUGUUUCCCCGUGAGAAAAUUCGGAGUUUUGACCGUUCCUCUGUUUUUCCUGCUCUCGUUGGUUCUCGUUCCUGCGUAUUUCACCCUUUCCAUGAUCAUCCAAGCCCCGACGCUGCGUAUUUUCAUCCAAGCCGUUAAAAUGAGUUUUCAACGCAGCCGGAAAUUAUGCCAUUCCUCCACCCACGGUUUCAAGUUUUUCAGCUUCUGUCGCAUCUUCGGUUUCUUCGUGUCUCUCAUCUUCGUCUUCAUCGUACUCACCAUCGGCACCAACUUCCUAGUUCACGUGUUGGCGAUGGUCAUCGUGACUGUGGUGGUGGAGGCCGACUUCAUCUACCGCGUUCUCCCCGUGGUGCUGCUGUUUGUGGUCUACAUCCGGGACUCGUACAGUCAGGUGGGGGAGAAGUACGACCUGUUCUUCACCUCCCUCCUCAACACCAUCAAGCAGAAGGAGGCGGAGGCUAUCAGACGGGAGUGUCUCAAGUCACUUGACCAGCAGCAGAACAAAAUCUUCCAGAUCGUUCCGGAACCCUUGGUGCUGGAUGACAAUGACGACAUAGAGCCGGCCGUGAACCAACAGAUAGAUAAACCAGCCAAGAAACGUCACUCUCUCUACGUCACGAUGUGGCGAGAGCCUCCUAGCCCGGCCGAGACCAAGAUCCACGCCCUGAUGACGGUCAAGAACGAGGCGGUCAGCCUGUACGGCCGCCAGCUGGUGCUGUUUCUCAACAGGGAGGACAUCCUCUACAUGUCCAAGAAAUUCUUCUUCCACUGUUGCACCAUGGACUGCGCAGGCGCGCCGGGGAACCUGGUCGAGAACUACAUCAAGGCAACACUGGACUUCGCCAAGGUGGGGCUGUUCCUGCUGUUUGUGUUCAUGGUGGUGAUGGCGUACGGGAGCGUGUACUACAUCUCACCUGCCAAUCACCUGUUUGUCACCUUGGUAUCUGGUCUGGUGCCGCUCAUCGUCAGGAAUAUUUUCUGUCUGAAGAAACCCGUGGAGACGGUCAAUACGUCAAACUACAGGUUCGAAGCUCAGCUAAAAGAUAAAAUCGAAUCUUUCGGUCAAUCACUGGACGCUGUAGAUAUCGAUCUCAGAGAUCGACCGGUGCCUCUAGUCAAAAGUGCAGCAGACAUGAGCACGUCUGACGAGGUCAACCUUGACCUAAUUCUAGACCUGACCCCGUCUGAGGACGUGGAAGAGGAUGAGGCUGAGCUGGCCAGGAGGAACAGGUACUUCUCGAGGGCUCGCUCGGACAGUGAGGAGUCGAGGGGGUUCAAUGAGGAGAGGGGGAAGGGGAGGUUGGGGAAGCUGGUCAAGGGGAAGAGCUCAAGUGAAACUAUAGUCUGAACACAGAACACACAGGACAGCUAUAAACUUGACAGCACCAAAUGACAGAUCUCAGGACAGCUCAUAGGACAGCUCAUAGGACAGCUCAAGACAGCUCAUAGGACAGCUAUAAACUUGACAGCACCACAGGACAGCUCAUAGGACAGCUCAAGACAGCUAACAAGACAGCUCAUAGGACAGCACCACAUGACAGCUCAUAGGACAGCUAUAAACUUGACAGCACCACAGGACAGCUCAUAGGACAGCUCAAGACAGCUAACAAGACAGCUCAUAGGACAGCACCACAUGACAGCUCAUAGGACAGCUAUAAACUUGACAGCACCACAGGACAGCUCAUAGGACAGCUCAAGACAGCUAACAAGACAGCUCAUAGGACAGCACCACAUGACAGCUCAUAGGACAGCUCAUAGGACAGCUCAAGACAGGUGCCUGUCCAGACAUUAUUGUACAAGAAAAUGCCAACACCAGCAGCAAGUAAAACUUGGAUGGCCCGGAACUAGGCGGAGGCAGCAAUCUCUAGAUGAGAACAGGAAUAUAAGCUUUUCAGACAUAUAAGGCAAUUUUACCGUGCUUGACCCUAGUCUAACAAACAAAGUCGUAUUCUGAGUGUUUCGACCCCAGUCCAUCGUCACACACACAGAACAUUGGAUUUAUACCUUGUUUAAAAAAAUUGUAUGUCUUAUAAUGUGAACUAAAGAUGAACUAUUUUUCUUCGCUAAAUCCUUACCCUUUAACGUUCAUGUUUGAUUCUCAACAUCAUCUUGUGUCGUGAUUUAUGAAUAAUUUUUGCAUAUCAGCAAGAGUUUCUUCCAGUCUACCGCCCCCACCCCCCUCGCCCCCGAACGAGAUGGAAUUUUUUAUAGAAAACAU